AUGGCGACAGCUACUCCAUUCAACCCCAAGUCAAUGGUUGACUCUGCGUGGAAGAUAAUUCCCUUUUUUCAAUCUCGAGAUAUUCAUGCAACCGUGCUUCUAUAUACCCAAGAGCUAGGGUUCACACUUGGGAGCGAAGAGCCACAUUUUGCAUCGCUUUUCGCAGGGCCCAAAGCCGCCUCAAACAUUUACUUUAGCCUCUGCCGCGAAGAAUCCGAGUUUCGUGCUUCAAGCGCUAUGCUUGCCCUUGGAACAGAGCAACAUGAGGCUCUUUAUGCGGGGCUCUUGGCAAGGAGGAACCAAAGCAAGGACGAAACGUUCGAGAUUGUGGAAGAAAUCCGAGACCAGGAGUGGGGCUUCCGUCAGUUUUCGAUAAAGGAUAGAGAUGGUAACCGGUUGACAUUCUUUCGAUUUCUUGAAGGGAGCAAUGGCGAGGAACUCUGGGCAGGAGAGUAG